UUUUUUCCUUCUCUUUUCCCCCCCCACCCCCCUCAACUUUGCUUUUUUUGUGAAUGAAAAAAGGAGGUCGUGAGCGGUCCCCGGGACUGCGGCGCUCGGCGUCCUAAGACUGCGCGCGUGCGGCGGCCUCGCCCGGCGCCUCGCUCUCCAGCGCGCCGCCUGCAACCUCCGCAGCGCAGCCGGGCGGCGGCGCGGCCCAGCGGCCGGAGGUCCGAGCGGCAGCGCGCAGUCCGGCUCCACGAGCCUCCAUGACAUUGGGCGCCCGGGGCGCGCGGAGAUGCUGAUCCGGAAGAGGCAGUGGCUGCAGUGCAGCGCGCGAGGCUGCUCACGCGCCACGGUCCGGCCUGGGCUCCUGUGCCAGAGUUUCUGAUCGCACCCGAACCGGGACCCCAGGAGGUUGGAUCUCCAGCCGAGAGCAGCGGCGUCUGCGGCGCCCCAACUUGCACGCGCGGAGUGACCCCAGACAUCUUACUAAAAUGAGCGUGCUUAGCAGGAAGAGAUGUGUUCCCUACACUAGAAAUUACCCCGUCACAUGUAGUGGUGUCCCAAUUAAUGGAUUCUGACAUGGAUUAUGAAAGGCCAAACGUAGAGACCAUCAAGUGCGUGGUGGUGGGGGACAACGCUGUGGGCAAGACCAGGCUCAUCUGUGCCCGGGCCUGCAAUGCCACCCUCACCCAGUACCAGCUUCUUGCCACCCAUGUGCCCACAGUGUGGGCCAUUGACCAGUAUCGAGUAUGCCAGGAGGUGCUAGAACGCUCCCGAGAUGUGGUAGAUGAUGUCAGCGUCUCCCUGCGCCUCUGGGACACCUUUGGAGACCACCACAAAGACCGGCGAUUUGCUUACGGAAGAUCUGAUGUGGUGGUUCUGUGUUUCUCCAUUGCCAACCCCAAUUCCCUCCACCAUGUCAAGACCAUGUGGUACCCAGAAAUCAAGCAUUUCUGCCCCCGCGCUCCUGUCAUUCUGGUGGGCUGCCAGCUGGACCUGCGCUAUGCUGAUCUGGAAGCUGUUAACAGGGCCAGGAGACCCUUGGCUAGGCCCAUCAAGCCCAAUGAGAUCCUCCCGCCAGAGAAGGGUCGGGAAGUGGCCAAGGAGCUGGGGAUCCCUUACUACGAGACCAGCGUGGUGGCCCAGUUUGGUAUCAAGGACGUCUUUGACAACGCCAUCCGGGCUGCCCUCAUCUCCCGUCGCCACCUGCAGUUCUGGAAAUCUCAUCUGCGCAAUGUGCAGCGGCCCCUACUGCAAGCACCCUUCCUGCCCCCCAAGCCGCCGCCCCCCAUCAUCGUGGUGCCCGAUCCCCCCUCCAGCAGUGAGGAGUGCCCCGCCCACCUCCUGGAAGACCCGCUCUGUGCCGAUGUCAUCCUGGUGCUGCAGGAGCGCGUGCGCAUCUUUGCCCACAAGAUCUACCUCUCCACCUCCUCCUCUAAAUUCUAUGACUUGUUCCUCAUGGACCUGAGCGAGGAGGAGUUGGGGGGCCCCUCAGGGCCAGGGGGCCCCCGCCCAGAGGACCACCGGAGCCACCCUGAGCAACAUCACCAUCAUCACCAUCACCACCAUGGGCGGGACUUCCUACUUCGGGCAGCCAGCUUUGAUGUGUGUGAGAGUGUGGAUGAGGCUGGGGCCUCUGGUCCUGCUGGCCUCCGGGCUUCAACCAGUGAUGGGAUCUUAAGGGGUAAUGGAACAGGGUACCUGCCAGGCAGGGGGCGUGUGCUUUCUUCUUGGAGCCGAGCAUUUGUGAGUAUCCAGGAAGAGAUGGCAGAGGAUCCUCUGACCUUCAAAUCCCGGCUGAUGGUUGUGGUGAAGAUGGAUAACUCCAUUCAGCCAGGACCCUUCCGGGCUGUUCUCAAGUAUCUGUACACAGGGGAGCUGGGUGAAAAUGAGCGGGACCUCAUGCACAUCGCCCACAUUGCCGAGCUGCUAGAAGUCUUUGAUCUACGUAUGAUGGUGGCCAACAUUCUCAACAACGAGGCCUUCAUGAAUCAGGAGAUCACCAAGGCCUUCCAUGUCCGUCGGACAAACCGGGUUAAGGAGUGCUUGGCAAAGGGCACCUUCUCAGAUGUGACCUUCAUCUUGGAUGAUGGGACCAUCAGCGCCCAUAAACCCCUACUGAUUUCCAGCUGUGACUGGAUGGCUGCCAUGUUUGGGGGGCCAUUUGUGGAGAGUUCUACCAGGGAGGUGGUAUUUCCGUAUACAAGCAAGAGCUGCAUGAGGGCUGUGCUGGAGUACCUCUACACGGGCAUGUUCACCUCCAGCCCGGACCUGGAUGAUAUGAAGCUCAUCGUCCUGGCCAACCGCCUCUGCCUACCGCACUUGGUGGCCCUCACAGAGCAGUACACAGUGACCGGGCUGAUGGAAGCAACCCAGAUGAUGGUGGACAUCGAUGGGGACGUCCUUGUGUUCCUGGAAUUGGCCCAGUUCCACUGUGCCUAUCAGUUGGCCGACUGGUGUCUCCACCACAUCUGCACCAACUACAACAACGUGUGCCGCAAGUUCCCACGGGACAUGAAGGCCAUGUCCCCAGAAAACCAGGAGUACUUCGAGAAGCACCGGUGGCCGCCGGUCUGGUACCUGAAAGAGGAGGAUCACUAUCAGCGUGCGCGGAAGGAACGCGAGAAAGAGGACUAUUUGCACCUGCGGAGGCAGCCCAAGCGGCGGUGGCUGUUCUGGAACAGUCCCUCAUCACCGUCCUCCUCAGCGGCGGGCGCGGCAUCGCCGUCCUCCUCCUCGGCCGUGGUCUGAGAUGCCGCCACCCUCUUCGGAUCCCGCUGCUGUUGUCCUCAUUAGCCCUCAUCCCUUCUGCUCUUCUUUAUCAUCCUCUCCACCCGACAGGGGACGAGGGAACUCACCUAACCAGGGCCCUAAGGGCACAGCUGUUCUCACCAGGCAAUAUGGCUCAGGCCAAGAGGAGCCACCAGACCCUGCAGAUCCGAACAGGGUCCACCUACAAAUUCCAGGCAGGGCAGGGAAGCAUCUGCUCCGAGGUGGGGAGCAGGAAAAGAACUCGGAGCUCUUGAUAGUCUCUCUCUCUCUCUCUGGACUUGACAAUAGAGUCAACGGAAGAAAGCUUCCCUGUACAUGGGCUUGUCUGUAUUGGUCUCUGCUUUGGCCGGGGAGGCAGCUUCCUCCCCAGGCGCUGGUCAUGUUUUCCCACCAACAAACUUGAGGGUUGCGAGUAUUUUGUGAGCAUGGUCCUAUGGGCUCACUCAGAUCCCGCUUGAGAAGUCAGGGUGGGAAAGAAGUCUGCAGAGCCCCACAUCAAGGCUUCUGCACCGGGAGAUGUGGCUGCUGGGGAGGGGGAGGGGAAUGGAGUAAACUGCAUCCCGCUAGCAUCUUUUCAGGGCUACUUUGGGCAAUGCAGACAGACCUAGUGGUGGGCGGCAGCAUCGAUUGAGGGUUCAGGUUUGGAGGCAGUACAAUGAGCCUUCUACUUCGCCCCUCCUGCACUCCUCACAUUUGGACAGGAAUGUAGGAGAAGGAGGAAGGGUGGGUUCUGUGCUCAGCAAUCCAUGCUUCUCUAGGCCUCUUCCCCCGUCUCUUGGGUGGCACUGCUUUUUAUGGGGUGAGGCAAAAGUAGCCCAACAAAUGAAAACCAAACUCAAAAGAAAAGCACCACCAAGACCACUCUAUCCUUUGGGCACCCCUCCUUCCCCCCAAGAAAGAAUGAAGUUCCAAAAAGAGACCCUGGAGGGAAUACAUUUACAAAGCCCAAGGAGGCCUCUAUAAUAAUGUGGCUAUGAAGGGUCAGUAGUACCAGCCACUCCAAUGCCUUUCAGGAGAGGACUGGUCCCCUCCAUAUCUGAGGCUGCUGUUGCCCAAGGCUUGAUGGUUAUAGGUUGCAGGCUUGCAGGGAAGGUUUUGGCUUCCGAGCUUAAGUAGCUUUGGACGUUUUCCAUCUCGAUAAAGGCUAGCCUCCUCUUCCAAGGGCGACUUCACAGGAUGUGCACGGAGCAUGUGCUUUCGGGGAUGGGGUGGGUGGAGUGGGAGGCUUUUGGCAGGGAUUAAAUGCCAGGAAAGGACACACUGGAGAAGAGGUCACACAACUCACCCUGGUUCUGGCUGAGGAUAAAGGGGAGAGCUGGGCGGAAAGGAAAUGUUAGUCCAGAGAAGAAUCUGGGUGACUGGAGAAAGCACAAUAACUUGAAGCCCCCAUGGAACAAACACUAGGCCUCAGUUGACCCUUUCCAUUUCCUAAUUGUGAUCCAUACUUCACUACCUGUUAGCAUGUUUUAGACUUAGGAGGUAAAGUCCCAUGAGGCAGUAGGAAGUACUGACUGAUCUCUGGGACCUAGAUAGAUUGCUUAGGUCUGAGAUUAAAGCAAACCCGGAAGCAAAGGCAACCCUCCAAUUGUGUGGUACCAGGACCUAGAGUUCUGAUCUUGCCUUGUCAGGAGGAACAGGCAGUAGCAGGUCUUCCAGAGUGCCGAACUUGGGAGUCUGUGCCUGGACCCACCAAGACUGCAGCUGCCUCUUGGUCAAGUCCUCCGGAAUUGCCGGAGGGGGGAAGCGUGUUGUGUGCUGCCCUCUGCUGGCUAGUGCGCCCUCCUGCAGCCAAGCUCUAAAUGGCUUCAAGCGGGAAGAUGAGGAGUCUGUAAGCACCGGAAAGGCAGGCAGCCUCUCACACCUUCCUUUGAGGACAAAGUUAGGGGUACAUCUCUUGGGAGCUGCAGGUAAUAAGUAGAGUCCAGUCCUAAGGAGCAAGGGGGAAUUGGGUCUCCCAGUUGAGCAGCCUGGGCAUUCACUAGUGAUGAGGAUGGAAAGGGACAGGCCAGUGGGAGAAAGUGAAGAUUUGUGGAGUUGGUGGAAGUCCAAGGAAAACCAUGCCCUAGCCAGGCCAGUUCACCCCUCAGGGACCCCCCCCUCCCACCCCACCCCCUAGCUGUCAGAGCCAGUGUGCACCAGGUGGAGCCCUCCAGCCUAGUAGAACCACCCAGGGGGGCUGAGUGAGCCAGGAAAGGGGAGGUAUACAUUACAGUCUCAGUCCAUGGGUGCUCUGGAUCCAGGGAGACAGAAGCAGGAGACAAUCCAGUGGGGGGCAAGUCUCUGGCAUGCAAGCCCCCCUGUCAGGGUGGGCAGGGACAGAAGAAUGAGCUCCCCUGGACUAUGUCACUCAGUAUUGUCUUAGAGGAUGGGGGCAAAAACAAAUGAACAACAAAAAAAACCCCACACCUUUUUAUAUAAGGUUUCAUAUUUAAUUUGGUCAUGAAUUCAUAAUACAUGAGUAUUUUGUA